ACACGUUUCCUCUUUCAUACAUAACGCUCGUAUGUUUUGAAUUUUUAUAUUAUAGUUUUUAAUACUUUGUUAUGUACCAACACAGAUUGCCGUUUAGCACUUAUAACAACGUUAUCUCCGCGUUAUUUAUCGGAUUCACCUAAUCGUAUCGGUCAGGGGUCUGUGUUAUUUUGUUUUGUUGUUGAAAUGCAUAUCGUGGUUUUCGUACGUCAGUUUGUGUUUAUGUUAACAUCCAGUUGAAUAUUUCGAUUCUACGUAGCAAUAGCAAUCGGCAAGAUGCGGUUAAUGUCCCGGCUACAUACCAUAUCCAAAAUGCUCGACUUCUACUCCCAGUUUAAUCCAUCACCUUUAUCUAUUAAGAAGUUUAUUGAUUUCGGACUGAAUGCCUCAGAAGUAAAAUCUUUUAUAUUCCUACGCAAGGAACUGCCCGUAAGGUUGGCCAACAUUAUGAAGGAAAUCUCCCUGUUACCAGAGAACCUUUUACGGAUGCCCUCCGUAAUCGCCGUAAACGAUUGGUACAUACGGAGCUUCCAAGAAAUCCUCGAGUUUGAAAAAAAAGACCCGAAUCCGGAAACUUUGGAGAUUUUCUGCAGUGAACUGGUGAAGAUCCGUAACAGGCACUCGGACGUGGUGGAAACGAUGGCCCAGGGCGUCCUGGAGCUGAAAGAGUCCCACGACGUGGACACCCACACGGAACACAGUAUUCAGUAUUUCCUGGAUCGGUUUUACAUGUCCAGGAUAUCGAUUAGGAUGCUUAUUAAUCAACACACGUUAAUAUUCGGGGGACAGUUGGAAAACGCCCCGGGACCGAACCGAAGUAAAUAUAUCGGUUGUAUCGACACCCAGUGUGACGUGGUCAGUGUGAUAAGGGACGCUUUUGAAAACGCCAGAUUUCUCUGUGAUCAGUACUAUUUGGCCUCCCCGGAUCUUAUUAUAAACGAGGCCAAAAAUAACGAUGAAGAAGACUUCACGAAUAUAGUGUAUGUGCCGUCGCAUUUAUACCACAUGCUGUUCGAACUGUUUAAGAACUCGAUGAGGGCCGUAAUGGAGUAUCACAACUCCAGCAACGAGUUCCCCCCUAUAACCGUCGCGGUGUCAAAAGGAAAGGAAGAUGUUUGCAUAAAGAUGUCGGAUUUAGGUGGGGGCAUCCCGCGUUCCACCACGGACCAUUUAUUCAAAUAUAUGUACUCGACCGCGCCCCAACCGAGUAAAUCGGACGCGCAUACAGUACCGUUGGCCGGGUACGGGUACGGUUUGCCCAUAUCCCGAUUGUAUGCCCGAUAUUUUCACGGGGACUUGGUGUUGUUGUCUUGCGAGGGCUAUGGAACCGAUGCGGUGAUUUAUAUGAAGGCCCUCUCUAACGAGGCGAACGAACUGCUCCCGAUUUUCAACAAAACCACGUCGAAAUUCUACAAAACGACGGUACAAACGGGCGAUUGGUCGAAUCAGUCCGCCCACAUCGGAGACAGACAGAUCAGUACCGGAUGCAAAAAGCACCAGUUGCCCCAAUCGGCCCAAGAAGCAUUAACGAGAGCAUUGUAGUUUUUAAGGCCCCACAGAUUCUAGUCAAGUAACUACUGUUUAGGCGUUUUUAAGUUUCAAAACUGAAACGAACGACGGUGAUUUUAUUAUGUAUGUAUAUUAGGACGAUGUAAUGUUAUUUAGGCGAAUAAUGUCGCAUUAAAUAAAAAAAAUAUAUAUGUAUUAAAUUAUUCAGGUGCUUGUUCCA